AAACAGUCACACGUAUUUUCCAAUCGUUCCGACUUUUUGUAACGAAGUAGAAAUAAACCUCCGUGUUUGUGCUAACGACAGUCAACGUUUUGUUUAGCGUCUAUUGAUUUGAAGUGAAGUGUCUUUAAAAAAAUAGAACAUGGCCAUCGCAUUUUACAUCCCUGCAAUCGAUGAUGAAAUCGAAAAGCAACAUAAACUGCAAAUGCAGCAACUGUUGUUACAACAACAAACGGCUCAGGAUCAGCCACCGCAAACGCCUACUACUCCAACCAGUCCGGGAGCGAUUCCGCCAACUCCACCGCUAAGUCCGACGCUGACCCAGGUCAGCAUUCAUCACAACCGCUACCACCUGGUUCAGGCUUUCCACGAAAUGCUCUUCCGGCAUACACAAGAAAAUAACCCUACGCGAACCCGCUGUCUACUGUGCAACAAGCUUUACUACCUGCUCCGAAAAGUGUACUGAAGUGUCACAAUCGCAGUGCUUACGGAUAUUUAUUUUUCCAAAAACAAAUGCAACAAUUGUUCAAAUCGUACUUGGUACUCGAGCUCCGGAAAAAUAAUGUGAAAAUUAUUUGUUCCGGAUGCGCACCGAAGUACCCGAUCAGUCGGCUUACAAUGCAAGCUGACUGUGGACUUCAACGCCCGCUAAUGCUGCAGAAGGUGGCCACGUUCGGGAAUUGAUGAUUCUUUGCCAGGAAUCAGUCUGAAUAGUCCUUGGUAACGGUGGCCAGAAAAGGGGGUAACAUCGCCUGUUGACUUCGAAUGUUUACGGAGGCACACAGUGUAGAAAAAGUGAUACAAUAA